GCUCUACCUGUAUGAUCUAGGUGUUUCCCUUCUCCUCCCCAUUUUCCAGGUGUGGCAUUUAGGUAGUGCUUUCCCUGUUCCUUUUUCAUUCCUCGCUGGGAUCAAGGCCUGAGAACUUGACUGUUUCUGUAGAGAAAGAGAAAGAAAGGGGCAAAUUAGGCUGCAAUUUGAUUCUCUCCUUCACAGAGCGUGGCUGCAGAGAAGAAGCCAGAAAGCCAACACGGGGAUAAAGGACCACGAUGGAAACGGCAAGGACAAACGGGACCGCAGGCAAACAAGAGGAAGCCAAGACUCCCUCUUCACCCAAGAAAGAGACAGAAGAAGGGAAGAAAUCCAGCAGCCCAAAGAAAGGUGAGAAAGAAGCCAACAAAAACAAUGUGGUACCAAUCCUGGAGACAACCCAACUCAAGAAUUCUAUGUUUGCCGGAAGUGACUGGAAGAGACCAAUCAUCCAAUUUGUGGAGUCUUCUGAUGAGAAGAGGUCAACCUACUUCAAUGUGGAAGCAGGGGAGGCCAAGAAGUCAGGUUUUCCUACUGGGCAGCUAGGAGAAACUCGGCGGUCCCAAGUCUCUUUUCCAGAGCGAGGAGAUUUGAGGAAGCCCCUGUUCAAUGUGGAGACCAAGAAAUCUUUCGGCGGUGAAGGAGAAGGGAAAAAGCCAGUGUUUUCCAGUGGGCAAAUUGCCGAUCUAAGAAAACCCAUCAUCUCCCUAGGGGAAUCUGCAGAGACCAAAAGGACCAACUUCAACCGGGUCAGUAGGGUACCUAGUGGAAGACCCCGGGUGACUGUGGAAGAGGUCCUUUGUGACUCUUGCAUCGACAACAAGCAGAAGGCGGUGAAGUCCUGUCUGGUGUGCCAAGCCAGCUUCUGUGAGCUUCACCUGAAGCCCCACUUUGAAGGGGCUGCUUUCCGAGACCACCAGCUGCUGGAUCCCAUCAAAGACUUUGAAGCCAGGAAAUGUCCCAUCCAUGGCAAGACGAUGGAGCUUUUCUGCCAGACCGACCAAGUCUGCAUCUGUUACCUCUGCAUGUUCCAAGAACACAAGAAUCAUACCACCGUGACCGUAGAGAUUGAGAAAUCGGGCAAAGAGACUGAACUUUCUUUGCAAAAAGAGCAGCUGCAGCUGAAGAUUGUCGAGCUUGAAGAUGAAGUGGACAAGUGGCACAAGGAGAGGGACCGUAUCAAGAAUUUUACUGCCAAUGAAAAAGCCACGGUUGACCAGCAUUUCAAAGAGCUGAUCCGUGACAUUGAGAAACAACGUGAAGAGGUCAAGGCUGGUCUGGAUCACAGGGAGAAGGUGGCGGUGGAGAACAUCAAGGAGAUUGUGGAGGAACUGGAAGAAAGAGUCAAAUUGUUGCAGGAGGAUAAGGAAACCAGGGAACACAUUGGCCUGAUCAGCGAUUCGGUGCUCUUCCUACAGGAAUUUGGAGCAAUGAUGAGAAGCUAUGUUAUUCCUCCAUCUCUGCCAACAUAUAACAUCUUGCUUGAAGGAGAGAACAUGAGUCCAGCAAUGGGGAUACUCAGAGAUGACCUCCUGAAUGUAUGCAUGAGGCACGUUGAGAAAAUCUGCAAGGCAGACCUUAGCAGGAAUUUCAUUGAAAGAAACCACAUGGAAAAUGGAGAUCACCGUUACAUGAUGAACAACUUUUCCGACUGGAACCAGCCGGAUAACAUGAAGAGGUUUUCCAUGUUCUUGUCUCCAAAAGGAGGAAAUUUGGGAGGGAAUUACAACACCCGAGGUUGGGAGUUUUCUUCCAUGCAAACUGCCGAAGAGACACUCACAGCUGGGAACUCAGCAUUCUCCCUGAAAGUUGGCAAUGGAACCAAGAUGCCAUAUCAGUUUCCCCCAAUUGGCCAGAGUUCACCCGGGGAUUUCAGCAAGCAGUCUGACGGCAGCCUCUAUACUAAGAAUGCCUAUCCUUCCAUCGUGAGGCACCAGACUGCUAAGGCGCAGCCACAGACAUGGAAAUCUUCCAAGCAAAGCAUGCUGUCUCAUUACCGCCCCUUCUACGUCAACAAGGGCAACGGCGUCACUUCCAAUGAAGCCCCCUGAACAAGACGAUGGUGGAAGAGGAAGAAAAUUAACUGGAAUGUCCAUGGAUAUUCCUGCUGUUGUAUUAACCAAAUUGUCCUAAUUCUUUCUUCUUUUUUAAAAAUGGGGGUGGGGGUGGGCAAGUGCUCUAGAGCAAAGGAUGCACAUCCCACCCUGCUCUUUUUGAUCCAUGCUUUGUAGCCCCUGAGAAGUCAGUUCACUCCAAAUAGAUAUUGGUUAACUAAUGACUCCCCUUUCCCUGAUGUAACUGCUUUGCUCUUACUAAUGCCUCGCCAGUGUUUAUUCAGCAUAUUCCCAAGAUACAUUGGGUUGAAGCAAACAAGCUGCUGCUUAAAACUGUGACUUUAGUGGCCAACUUCUAGUUGCAGGUCCAACUGUUGCUGACAUUAAUGGAGACUUGGUUGGUCGACACCGUUCCAAAGGCAUCUGCUUGAACAUAGCAAUCAGAAUAACAGAGUUGGAAGGGACCUUGGAGGUCUUCUAGUCCAACCUCCUGCUCAAGCAAGAGACCCUAUACUAUUUUUGACAAAUGGUUAUCCAGUCCCCUUUUUAAAAGCCUCCAGUGU